AGCUGCAUCCAAUGGCAACGGUGUGUCUGCAAUCCUGUCCGGGCAGGAACUCGGGACACAGGGACACGGGUUCCUCUGAGGUGGUUUGUGAUUAUUAAAGCUCAGCGUAUCCACAUCAGACCUCUGCUCCUCAGUCCACCUGGGACAGGAACCCCCCCAUCAGCCCAGACAGUUACAAACUGAUCUGGAUUCAGUCUUACCUGCCCCCUUUCACCUGGAACAGGUCUUCAUAGAGGUCACCAAGGAAUGAAGACAGGCCAAACAAACAAACAAACGUCUGAUCGUUUACUGUGACAUUAGAUUUAGUUUUUCUAACAGCUGGUAAAACGGGCUGAAAACACACAGAGGUUUGGUUCAUGGAUGUAGAUUGACAUCAGAUCCACAGACUGACAUGAAAACUAAAUUGGUGGAUUGUCCCUUUAAUGUAACACACUGUCAGCCUGUAUUACACUGUGUGUGUGUGUGUGUGUUCAGUGUUUUUCCAGCCUCUCUCUCUCUCUCUCUCUCUCUCUCUCUCUCUCUCUCUCUCUCUGAACAGCUGACAGCAGAAGAAGAAGGCCAGCUGAUCUAUUUAUAGCAGAAUCCCUCAGAGUCUCAGACCCGAUCCGCCACAGUCCUGCAGUCCUGCAGCACUACACACCACAGACACCACCUCCAGACCUCCGUCAUGCCCGGCAACCAGGCCCGGUGUCGGGCCAGAGACCGCAACAACAUCCUGAACCGGCCCGAGUUUAUGUCCCUGAACCAGCCCCCCCGCAGGGAGCAGGUGGUGGGGGAGGGGCGAGGGGGUGGUGGUCCGAGGAGAGCCGUGAGACAGCAGAGUCAGCAGGACGACACAGGACUGAGGGGGUCCAGGGACUCCUCCGAAGGGGGUUCAGCAGCCGACGGGGGGGUGAAGGACGCGCCUCGUUACCCGGAGCAGGACUGUAUGCAGCUGAACCCGUCAUUUCGGGGCAUUGCCAUCAACUCUCUGCUGGCCAUCGACAUCAGCCUGUCAAAACGCCUGGGCAUGUGUGUGAGGCCUCACGGCCCCGGGGCCCCGCUCCGGCCCAUGGUGAGUCUCCUGGCCCUCAGCGGACAUGCCCUUCCUUGGCUUUGUGGGACUCUGAUCUGUUUGUGGAGGAGCAACACGCUGGCCGGACAGGAAGUCCUCGUCAACCUGCUGCUGGCUCUGAUCCUGGAUCUGAUGACGGUCGCUGGGAUGCAGAAGCUGGUCAAACGCAGAGGACCCUGGGAUUUCCCUCCAGGGUUUUUGGACUACGUUGCCAUGGAUACAUAUUCUUUCCCAGCAGCCCACGCCAGCCGAGCCGUCAUGGUGUCCAAAUUCCUACUGAACCACCUGGUCCUGGCGGUGCCUCUGAGGAUCCUGCUCUACCUGUGGGCGGUCCUGGUGGGCGUAUCCCGGGUGCUGCUGGGUAAACAUCACCUCUCCGAUGUUGGAUGUGGAUUUGCUCUUGGCUUCCUGCACUUCACUCUGGUGGAGUCUGUGUGGCUGGACUCUGCCACCUGCCAGACCCUCAUUUCCAUCGGCACGCUGCGCUGGACUCCACUGGUUUAGAACAAGAUUGUACUGGUUAUGCUGGUUCAGAUUGGAUUAAGUCUAUUACAGACUGUUUUAGUCCAGUUUGGACUGGUCCUUUUGGAUUCUUCUACCUGCCAGAAUCUCAUGUCUGUCGGCAUGCUGUGCUGGUCUCUACUGGUUUAGACAGGUGUGAGUUGGUUUAGACAUGACUCAACUGGUUUAAACCUGGUUUGGCUGACUGCUACAGACUGUUUUAGUCCAGUCUGGACUUUGUCUACCAGAUGCUUAUCUCAUGUUAUACUGGACACCACAUUUUUUAAACUGGUUUGGACCAGUAUGAACUGGUUUGGACUGGUCCUGCUAACGGCACACAGGACACGGUUUGUUAGGACUGGUUUAGAAAGCUUUAAGGUUGCUAUAAACUGCUGUAGUCCACUUGGGACUGGUUUGAACUGGUCCUGUUGUGCUGUCAGAGACAUUUAGAUUUUUUGCAGGAACCCGUUUAGAGAGUCUGGAACCUGAUGUGCCGGGUUCAGAUCGUGGUUUGGUUGACUUGGUCGCCUGGCAGACUCUGACGUGGUUUUGAGUUUUUAGUGUGUGAUGCCUCUGAAUGUGUUUGGUGUGUGUAGCUGAUGUUUGUGUGUCAGGUCCCUAAGUGAAUGUGACUCAGGACCGUCCUCUGUGUUUAGGGUUCAGUUUGACAUCGCUUUGCUCCCGUGCAGAAUGUAAACACGUUUUUUGUGGGGUUUUUUGUUUGUUCCUCAUCCGUCCGGUCUUGGUCCUGGUUCCUGUCCAGUUCGGUUCUGACCAGAUACCUAAAAAUUCUAAACUCAGACUCGACUUACUGUUUUUUUUCUGAUCUUUAACCACAUCACAGACGCUGAUCUCCUCAUUUCACCAUUAAAAAAAGUCUCAGAGGGAAAAAGAAGCAGAUUCAUGGAGCAAACUCAUCGACAGUUCUCUGAACGUCAGGAAGCAGCAACUGAACAGCUGAGCUACGAAAACGUUCAGGCAGCUCAGAGAUGUUUAGAAGAACACAGAUGUGACUUUUAGUCUCCAGCUAUAAAAUAUCAGUAGUUCUUUUUUUAUAAACUAAGUCUGGACUAAUCUUUUUUUUUUGAAAAUCAAGUGAUUAAAUCAUUUUUAGACCAACACCAGAUCAGAUUCUGGUGCCAGUGUUAAAACGGUUCAUUUUUCACAACAUGAAUUUCUUGGAUGAUGCCGGGUUGUUCUCUGGUGGUGUUUGGCUGAAAGCUCGGGAAAAAGCUGGUAGGUGGACCUUAGGCCAAGAUGAUUCUGUCUGAAUAAUGAAGUCAGUUCAAAAUGAAACAGAUCUGUGGUUUCUCUGCUUGUUUCAGAUCAAACCUCUGAACUGUUUCUCCAGUUUCACGCCUCGUUUUCAGCUGCUUGUGUUUACAGACUAAAGGUUUCACAGGAGGUUUCUCAGAAAGUUACUGACAGUAAAGUUGUGGUUGGUUCAGAGCUGAAGCUCAGGUGCUGCAUUUGGAGAAUCUGGAUUUGACUGUAGAAACACGGGUUCAGUGAGUGUGGACGUGGCGUCGUGCUGUGAACAGCUGAUAUGAACAGAGGGUAAAACGUGUGAGAGUAAACUGCUGCUAAAAUCAGCUGUUUUCUGACUGAAUUUCUGAACUGAACUCAGACAGAAACUGAAGCGAGUUUGUGAGAAAAGUUGUAACUAUGCAUCUGUUUUGUUUUACUGAAUAAAAACUGUUUUCACUCAUC